AUGAAGGCCGUCCUUCCCGGCAAGCCCGAGUCCAGGCUGCAGGCUCUUGCUACAGGCCUUUGGGGCGCCCGGCGCAUCAUUGUCUAUAUAAGCGGCAAUGCUUUCGCAAUCCUGUCCGACCAUGCGACGCUAAUCCAGACUGUGUACGACGACGCCGACGAGACUCUGCAGGCGGUUGCCUUUGACGAAGCUUCUGGCAAGAUCGCAACCUGCACCGAGACAUCUGUCCGAAUAUACAAGCCUUUUGGCCAGGAUGAAGAUGCACUCAGAUGGGCCCUCCAAGCGACCUUCGCCGCCGACUCCGGCAUCGAUAACGCCUUGGGUCAUGAGAUUGGAACCUUGGCCCUCUCGUGGGCCGCCUCUGAAGAACUACUUGUAGCCCGCUCUGCGCUUUCGCUCUACCAAACUGCUUCCACCCCAGUCUGCCGGUGGCGCAAAGCCCUUGCCAGUCCCGCGAAAUUGGCCAGCCUUUCGUAUGACUCGAGCUACAUUGCUUCUGCUGGAGACUGCGACCGUCUGGUCAAGGUCUGGCGGCGGCUGAGCUAUGGCGCCGAGGACGUCCGCUUCGACUUUGCGUAUCUGAGGCACCCGGGUGUUGUGACUGGUCUCCAAUGGCGCAAGCCUUACCAUGUCGACCACUCCAUAGAGCACGUCCUGUACACCUUUUGCUCUGACAACUUUCUGCGCAUCUGGACACGCCCUGACGCCCACAGCUGCCACCAUCUUCAGCUAUGGGGGACAGUUGACCUGGGAGAGUCGAUUCAGAGCGCUACCUUGAGCAGCAACCUGCGUUGGGCCUUCAUCAUCCAAGGACGAGACCUGUCUGCCGCGACAGAGGCCGCAGUGCAGGAGAGCGGCUCAUCAGAGGGGGGCAAUGCGGCCGCAUUACGCCAUCUGAUCCAAGUUGCCAACCGAAGCUCCGAGGUUUGCGUGGUCAUGGACGGUCGCGGAGCCAUGUCUGCGCUCUCGCUGGAGAAUGUCGGUCGCAAAUCGCAAACGACCCAUGACGUCUUUAGCAUUGCCCAAGUCACCUCCAAAGAUCUCGACUUCCUGUCGAGGCUCAAGACGGAUGCCGACUCAAUACCUCACGUUGAGAUCUACAACUACUGCAACAGGCCGAGGGGUCAUCUCCAGAUCCUCAUGCAUGACUUUUCUGGCAAAAUCGAGCUCUUCCAGACAAACAUAGAAGUUCUCCUGGACGAGACCGCCAAAGGACGCAAACUGGUGCACACACGCACCUGGUCUGGCAAUUCAGGUCCCAUUCGCAAGAUUGUCCGGAACUUCAGCGGCCGCUCCAUUGUCUCGCGUACGGCUCUGGGUGAGUGUGUUAUCUGGAAUCAUGCUCUCGACAGCGAUGGAGUUCCGCUUGCUCAGCAAAGCGUCCUGCCUGAGGCUGGCCAUAUUCACCGUAUCUGUGUCAUGCGGAAAGGUCGUUUUGUCAUCUUCCUCUUUCACGACAAGAUCACUCUGUGGGACUGCCGGCAGCCGACUCCAUUUCUUCUGGCCACGUGUGGCUUUGAUCUUCCCGGUAAACCACUCUGCCUGCUCAUACUACCAAGGAAGAGGGUGGAGGAAAACCUGGUCGCACAUGUCGCGACCAUCACAUCGGAGAAGAUGGGAGUGGUCUGGGAAGUCCACCUGCCCCCCUACAAUUCCUCGGUCGCUCAUAUCAGUACCAACGGACACUCCAAGCCGUCCAUUCGUAAGUUCUACGAGUUUGAGCUGCCUGAUGCCGGGGAUCUGGCUUACGUACUGCCCGUUGAUCCCGCCGGCUCGACGCCCCACGUAGCAGGCUUCCUAGAUGUGUUUGCACGAGACGUGGCCAUCUCUUAUACACACACCGGACGAGUUGAGUUCUGGACGGCUCGAGUUGACCACAGCCACGAGCGAGUCGACUGGUUGUCUACGUCGUCGCUGGAGACGGGUCUUCGAGAGCCAGCGCUUGUAAGCGGAAGCACGAUGAAGAAGGCAGCGCUCGUCAACUCCGACAGGUCUACGGUCACAAUUUGGGACAUUCGCGGAGCUCGUCUGGAGUAUGCCAUGUCGUUCGAGGCGGGAAACACCGUGCAGGAUCUAGAUUGGACUUCCACGCCAGACUCACAAUCUAUUCUUGCCGUAGGAUUCCCCCACCGUGUUGUUUUACUUGCCCAGAUGCGAUUCGACUAUCUGAACAAAGGUCCUGCCUGGGCAUCGAUCCGCGAGAUAAGCAUACGCGACUUGACGGCACAUCCUAUAGGAGACUCGACCUGGCUCGGUGACGGACACCUGGUUAUCGGCAGUGGAAACCAACUCUUUACCUACGACCGAACGUUUGAUCCCUCAGCCUCCACCGCCACGCAUCUUCGCCUUCCACAGCGAAGGAGCGGCCGCCUGGACCUCUUCGAAGUUGUGCAGAGACUCAACGGCCCGUUGCCCGUCUUCCACCCCCAGUUUCUCAGCCAGUGCAUGCUCGCCGGCAAGAGCAACCUACUCAAGAAGAUUCUGCUUGCAUUGCACAAGACACUCAAGUACUGGCUUGAGGGCGAGAACAUCGACGACUACCUGGGUCUGGAUUUGGAAGAGUUCUACAUGGAUAAAGAUAUCUCCAACAUAACUGGUGCUGAGAGGGAAAAGAACGCUUAUUUCGUCCGCGAGGGUGUCGAUAGCUCCGAGGACGACGACAGCUUCAACGAGGAAGUAGCUCAGGCGAUCAACGAGAAGCUGACCCGGGUAGCCUUGCCCCAGCUCUCUGGACAUGAGCAGAUCCAGCUCGUGGAUAUUGUGGAGUGUGCCGGCCUAGUCGAGACUCAGCGCCGGUCCAUGGACGAGAAUGCGGCAAGAUAUAUGCUGUUCUUCCGCCAGCAUGCCCUUCGAAAAGGCAGGACGAGCGAGAUAUAUCUGUCAUGGAGGGAGAUCAAUUGGGCCUAUCAUUCUACGAGUCAAGACAUACUAGUUGGUUUCAUUUCGCGCCAGCACCAUGGCACCGUACUCUGGGAACAUGCUCGCGAAAGCGGUAUGUUCAUGUGGCUCACCGACAUGUCGGCGGUCCGGGCUCAAUUCGAGAUCAUCGCGCGCAACGAGUACACAAAAAGCGAGAUGAAGAACCCCGUCGACUGCAGCCUCUUUUACCUGGCGCUAAAGAAGAAGACGGUCCUCCAGGGUCUGUGGCGCAUGGCGUCGUGGAAUCGGGAGCAAGGGGCUACCCUCAGGCUACUCUCCAACAACUUUGACGAUCCAAAAUGGAAGACUACGGCUCUCAAGAAUGCAUACGCGCUGAUGAGCAAGAGGAGAUUCGAAUAUGCCGCGGCAUUCUUCCUGCUGGCUGACCACCUGCAGGACGCUGUCAACGUCUGCUUAAACCAGCUCAAAGACCUCCAGCUUGCUGUGGCGGUAGCCCGUGUCCACGGCGGUGACCAGGGGCCAGUACUGCGCAAGCUGCUCGAGGAAGAGGUGUUGACGAUUGCCUCCCAAGAGGGCAACCGCUGGCUGGCGUCAUGGGCCUUUUGGAUGCUGCACCGCAGAGAUAUGGCCGUCCGAGCUUUGAUCACCCCGGUCUUUUCGCUACUAGAGACACCACAUCCGGCCGACAUCAAAUCCAAGUUGUUUCUCAUGGAUGAUCCGGCGCUGGUCAUACUGUAUUCCCAACUACGCCAGAAGACGCUGCAGACACUUCGGGGCGCAUCCAAGGUCACUCCAAAGGUAGAAUGGGAAUUUGUCUUGCAUAGCGCACGUCUGUAUGACCGGAUGGGCUGCGAUCUGCUGGGCUUGGACAUUGAAGGCCGCGCAAGGCGCCAGUGCCUGCCUGAGCCACCGCCCAAGAUGGUCGUUGUCGAAGGCAGAAGCUUCACCGUGCGCGGUGUCCUAGUCGGCCUCCUGGUCGGCCUGGUCAUCUGCUUCUCCAACAUGUAUUUUGGGCUGCAAACGGGAUGGGUCAGCAUCAUGUCCAUGCCGGCGAGCCUGAUGGGGUUCGGCUUGUUCAAGGCCCUGUCGAGACACCUCAAGUUCCCCUUCUCGCCGGUGGAGAACGUCCUCGUGCAGAGCGUUGCGGGUGGCAUGGCUAUCAUGCCCCUUGGCUGUGGCUUUGUCGGCGUGCUCCCAGCAAUGAACUAUCUGCUCACGCCCGAAGAGCGAGGUCCCGUAGACUUGAGCGUGUGGAAGCUUAUUGUCUGGUCUCUCGGACUAUGUUAUUUUGGCGUCGUAUUCGCCGUGCCACUGCGGCGACAAGUCAUCAUCAGAGAGCGGCUCAAGUUCCCUAGCGGAUUUAGCACUGCCGUUCUCAUUGGAGUUCUGCAUGGGAAGACGCAGCGGGUCGAGGGCGGCGAUGCCAGCCAGGAUCUUGCGGCCGGCUUUGCUAGUCUGGCCGUCUCGGGCAGAGAAAGUGCAGAAUUCCGCAUCGGCGAGCCCUUGCCCGACGAUGAAGCGGCUUGUGGUUCAGUAGACCAAGGUGCGCGCGAUGCGGAUUCUGAAAGUGACUGGAAGGCGAACCUUCGCCUCCUUUUCGUCUGCUUCCUUGUCUCGGGACUUUUGACUUUCGCAACCUACUUCUUCCCCGUCCUCCAUAACAUUCCUAUAUUUGGAUUCACGGCGGCCUCGACAUGGCUGUGGACGCUGAACCCGAGCCUUGCUUACGUAGGGCAGGGCAUCAUUAUGGGUCCGGAGACGACACUCCACAUGUUGCUGGGUGCCCUCUUGGGAUGGGGCGUCCUGUCGCCUCUGGCAAAGUUCAAGGGCUGGGCGCCAGGUUCCAUCGACGACUGGGAGAGGGGGAGUAAAGGAUGGAUCGUUUGGACCUCAUUGGCCAUCAUGCUCGCCGAUGCGAUCAUCAGCCUGGGCCACAUUGCCGGACGCUCCAUGCUGCAAUACCUUCCAGAGGCCGUCAAAUUCACGAGGGACCGUCUGCCACAUGGAUGGUCACCGUCACUCCUCCGGGACCGCGAUGGUUACACUAGCAUCAACGGUGAUGAUAUCGAUGAAGCCGCUCCUAGAGCAUCCGCAGCGGCAGCGGCCACACUGCCAGUCCCGCCGAGCCCGCUCUCAGACCUCGGUGUCGACGGGUCGACGGUGGAAGACCGUGACCAUACACUGGUUACGGACGACGAAGAUGCACCCCCACAUCAGCAGGUCAGUGAUCGAGUAGUCUGGGUCGGGCUGAUUUUGUCGAUUGCCUUCUGCAUAUUCUGCAUCCGCCUGGUAUUUGGCGACCUUGUUCCGCUGUACGCCACGGUCAUAGCGGUGUUCAUGGCCCUUUUUCUCAGCAUCAUGGGCGUGAGAGCCCUGGGUGAGACCGAUCUCAAUCCGGUCUCGGGCAUCUCCAAGCUUGCGCAGCUGUUCUUUGCUUUCAUCAUCCCCCAGUCUCAUAAGUCGAGCGUUUUGAUCAACCUCGUCGCCGGAGCAGUGUCUGAAGCUGGCGCCUUGCAAGCCGGCGAUCUAAUGCAGGAUCUCAAAACCGGUCACCUCUUAGGUGCAGCGCCGAAGGCUCAGUUCUGGGGCCAGGUCAUUGGGGCCACCGUCGGCUCCAUCGUCAGCGCCUUCAUCUACAAGCUUUACACCGCUGUCUACCAAAUACCCGGAGAGCUGUUCCAGGUUCCAACAGGCUACGUGUGGAUAUUCACGGCGCGGCUCGUCACCGGACAAGGCCUACCAUACAUGGCUAAGGAAUGGGCGAUGGCAUUUGCAGCAGUGUUCGCCGUCUUGACAGCCUUCAGGAUACGUAACGUGGGCAAGAGUUGGCGCGCUUUUAUUCCGGGCGGCAUUGCCGUAGCUGUUGGCAUGUACAACGUUCCCUCUUUCACCCUCGCCAGAACAAUCGGGGGCAUCCUCAGCUGGUAUUGGCGCUCCGUGUCAGGCCGCCCAGAAACCCCGUUGAUUGUACUCGCAUCGGGGUUCAUCCUGGGUGAGGGCUUCUUGAGCAUUGUCAACCUCAUCAUGCAGAGCGCAGGUGUGCCUCACUUGUGA